CAUCAGCUGUUGUGGUUGUGCGAGCGCAGCUGAAGGGCUACACGCGAAAUAUUCUCGAAAUAACCGAAUAACCUAUUUGUUUAUAGACUAACUGUUUCAACCAACGAUGGAUAAGUCUGGGGGUGAUACGGAUCCGAAAUCUGCCCAGGAUCUCACUGCAGUGGUCCAGACAUUACUGCAACAGAUGCAGGACAAGUUCCAGACCAUGUCUGAUCAAAUUAUUGGAAGAAUUGAUGAGAUGAGCACACGCAUCGAUGACCUUGAGAAGAACAUCGCUGAUCUGAUGACCCAGGCCGGCGUGGAGGAGGGCGAUAGCAGUGAGGGAGAGGGAGCCAAGCCAGAGGAGAAGGAGACUGCCGCAUCCUAAAAGGAGGAUGGCCGUGAAGGAGGGAAACUUCAGACUUCAGAAGAUGAUCAGGCAGCACACUUCACCAAGAACAGACAGCCUUUUUUUCUGAAAAGAACUGAAAAUAUUGAUUUUUGUUUUGUUUGUUUAUUCCCUUUUUGCUGUUUGAAGUGUUUUUUUGUGGAGUGCUUUUUAUAUUAACUUUGUGAUAAUGGUCUUGUGUGUGACAUUGAAUUAACUUUUCUUCUUGUGUGGUUGGUUUUGUGUGUUUGAUCAAUAGUCUUCCUGACAAACUUUUGUAACCUCCCUGUAAAGUGCUGAUCCGCAGAACUCAAGUUCCCUGAACCACUCUCUGUGCCAAGAAGAAGUCAUUCCAUUUUCUGUAGAUCGUCUGGUAUUAAAGUAGUUUUGUACAAAAUGG